GGAAGGGAGGUGUGGGGGAUAGAAACAUCUAUGUCCCUGAGGGAGGAGAGGGCUUGGAGGCCCGAUUUCUGAGAAUUUGAAACAGAGAAAAAUGUAUCCAGAAAGAGAGCAGGCAAGAAGCCCUUAUCCCUGGGGAAAAGGUAUGCCACCGCCACGGGGUGACGUGACCGCCUUGUUCCUGGGGCCUCCGGGCUGUGGCAAGUCCGCGCUUAUUGCAGCGCUGUGCGACGGGAAUGUGGAGACGAUAGAGAUUCCCGAGGGACGGCCGGACUCCGGGAUCCCCAGCCUGCGAGCUGCCGGCCCUGGCCUUUUCCUGGGCGAGCUGAGCUGUCCACCCGCAGCGCCAGGGCCCUGGGCGGCGGAGGCCAAUGUGCUGGUAUUGGUGCUACCCGGCCCCGAAGGGAACGGGGAGCCCUUAGCCGCAGCGCUGGGAGAGGCAGCGCGGGCCGCCUUGGCCCGAGGGACCCCGUUGCUGGCUGUGCGGAAGCUCCGUCCUGGAGAUUCGGAAAAUGAAGCCCAGGCCCGGGAUCAGACAGAGGCCCUGCUGAACAGCGCAGGAUUGGGGGCCGCGGCUCUCUUCGUGCUGCCGGCCGACUGCGGCAGCAGAGAUGGCUGCAAGGAAUUGGAGCGUCUGCGGGCGGCGCUGCGGAGCCAGGCGGAGGUGCUGCAAAGGCUCCUUCCACCGGCUCAGGAUGGCUUCGAGGUACUGGGUGCGGCAGAGCUGGAGGCUGUGCGUGAGGCCUUUGAGACCGGUGGCUUGGAGGCGGCGCUGUCGUGGGUUCGCGCUGGCCUGGAGCGCCUGGGCAGCGCGCGGCUGGACCUGGCCGUGACCGGCAAGGCUGAUGUGAGCCUUGUGCUGAACAUGCUACUUGGGUUGGAUCCCCCUGACCCAGAUGACGAGCCUGUUUUCACGCCCCCGGGGCCCACGCCCUGCCCGGCGCCAGAGCGUCCCAACGUGGUGCUCUGGAAGGUGCCUCUGGGCUCCGCGGGCACUGCUGCCACCCCCCAUCCGACCCACUACGACGCCCUCAUCCUCGUCACCCCGGGGGCCCCUACUGAGAAGGACUGGGCUGAGGUGCGGCCCUUCGUGCUGCCAGAUGCGCCGCUGAUCUGCGUGCGAACAGACGGUGAGGGCGAGGAUCCAGAGUACCCGGAGGAAGAGGAGAAGGCAGAGAAGCCCAGCUCCGAGAGCUUAGAGAACGCAGGCGGAGAGGGGUUGAAGAAUGCACGCAGUGAGGGAAGGGAGAGCCGUGGCACUGGAUUGCAGAAAGGUAGCGGGGAAGAGUCCGGGAAAGCAGGCAGCGGGGAAGGGUCAGAGAAAGCAGGCAGUGAGAGUUUGCCGCGUGUUGGCGGCGGCGCGAAGAAAUCGGGCAGUGGGGACUCAGAGCGUGCAGUCGCGCCGAGCCCGGAGGAUGAGACGUGGGAGGUGCUGGAGGAGGCACCGCCGCCCGUGUUCCCCCUGCGGCCUGGCGGCCUCCCCGGGCUCUGCGAGUGGCUGCGGCGCGCGCUCCCCCCGGCCCAGAAUGAUGAGAUCUAA